AUGAAUUUAGAACUGCAUUACUAUCCAAUAAAAAACCUCACCGAAUAUGACCGCAAUCCCCGGAAAAACGACGUUGUGGUAAACAGAAUGUGUGCGUCUAUUCGGGAAUUUGGCUUUCGUAUUCCAAUAGUUGCAAAAAGUGAUGGUACAGUGGUUGAUGGCCAUUUAAGGCUAAAAGCAGCAAGAAAACUUGGCAUGGAAGAGAUACCUGUGGUCUUAAGUGAUAAUUUGAGUGAGGCCCAAACCAAAGCUUUUAGGUUACUUGCCAAUCAAUCAGCAAAUUGGGCAGCGUGGGAUGAUGAUCUGUUAAAACUUGAAUUGCAGGAAUUAGAAGACUUAAAUUUUGAUCUGAAAUUAACUGGGUUUGAACUGGAAAAAAUCCAACGGUUUCUUGACAAUGUUGAUGGAGAAAGCGGCAAAGAAGAAGAUUUAUCUCACUUAGGUAGCGAUAAUAAAAAGGUGAAACCUGGAGAUCUUUGGGUUUUAGGUGAUCAUCGAAUUUACUGUGGGAAUAGCAG